AUGCCGUUACAUACAGUGGGAAGGAACGACCUCGAUCUGCCUAGCCACAACAUUUUCAACACCAACCAUCACCGAGGAGUUUGGGAAGAGAACCCAAGAGAACCCCUUACCAAGAAAGGAUUGACUUUUCCUUAUUCUGCUUCGGACCUUUUGGCGAUUUUUCAUGCUCUCGCCGAUGGGCAUAAGACGAAGGAAGAUAUGAAAAAUCAUUUCCUGACUGUUGUCAAACAUGCUGACAAGUAUCCGACUGUUAUCCUUCCAUUGACCGAAGAAGAUAAGCUUCAAGCUAAACAACAAAAUUUCCUCUUCGAAGUCAAUUACAAAUGGGAUGAGACUAAGGCUUUCCCGGAGUGUAUCACUGAUUGGGGAUUACCUUUCGUUGCAAUUUGCCAACUGAAUCGUUUCGAUCGGGUUAUAACUUCCUCACCCAAUAGAAUCUUCGCUCGAGAGUGGAGGGAUGUAGAGCGAGAGGAUUUGGUAUUCGCUUACUUGGCUACUCGAAAGAAACUCGGAUACGAAGUGUUUCACAGGAAGUACAGCGGUCCUCGAAGCAAUCACAUCCCCGCUCUUUCCGGAAUGCCCCAGUGGUCCGAAAGAAUACCGAUCGGCAAUCUGCUUCCUCACCCGACUGGCAAAAGAUCUUUCGCAUGUUCGAAUGGUCUAUGCGAUCUUCACGGUGCAUGUAUGCUGUUGGAAGCUCUCGCUCGUCAAGGUAACGAUACAUGCGGUAAAGGUAGUAUCGCCCAUGCUCAAGUUCUGAAAGGUUUUACUUUCCGAGCUUACGCCAAAAACGACAGCGAUUGGAAUUUGCACGAAUAUCAGGUUACAAUCGCCAAGAUCGGCAAACCCCAAAAUCCUCGAGAAAACGAUCUUGUACUCUACGAACGUCUUUUACACAUGAUUAAGAAUCAGUCAGAGGGGUACAUUCAAUGGACGUGGGGCAGAGACGAAGUACCUGAAUUUACCGAUUUGUACGAGUUGGCAGGUGGUCUAGAGGCGAAAGAUGAGAAACCUUCGGUUAAAAAAGAGAAGAAAGUCAAAGCUGAGCGACGCUGA